AUGUGGUAUGACAAUUGGUGUCCUCAAGGACCACUGAGUAAUUUCAUUACUAAGAGGGUGCUUUAUGAUGCAAGAUUAGAUGUUGGUACCAAAGUUGUCUCAAUGAUAAAUGAUGGAAAAUGGAUGUGGCCAGAGGGUUGGGAGGAUAAUUUUGAUAUUUUGAAGGAAAUUAGUGUUCCUAUUCUGCAAUUGGAUAAAAAGGAUAAAGUUGUUUGGGUAAAUAGAAAUAUGCAGCAGGUGGAGUUUUCUACUACUCAGGCAUGGCAAGAUUUGAGAUGUAAUUGGCCUACGGUUGAAUGGAAGGAUGUAGUGUGGUUUAAGCAACUUGUUCCCAGGCAUGCAUUUAUGUUGUGGCUUGCUUUACAGGAGAAAUUAAUGACUCAAGACAGAAUCGCAAGAUGGAAACAAAUUUCUAUGCAAUGCAGCUUAUGCAGAAAUGGUAUUGAGAGUCAUAAACAUUUAUUUUUCAAAUGCAAAUUCACUGAGGAGAUUUGGAAUAGGUUGAGUAGCCUGAGAUGGAAUAUGAAGGAUCAUACUGAUCUGCAGGAUAUUGUACAGGAAAUCAAAGUGUCUAGAGGUCGGAAUAACUUUGGAGUUGUAGUGAACAAGCUUAUUCUUGCUGCUGCCAUUUAUUAUAUUUGGCAGGAAAGAAAUCAUAGAAUUUUUCAAGAUAAGGAAAGGAAUGAGGAGGCUAUAAGUAAUAUCAUUAAAGAGAGUGUCAGAAUUCAACUCAUUUCCAUUAGAGUAAGGAAGACUAAAAAUGUGAUCAAAAUAAGUGAUCAAUGGAAGUUGAAGUGGGAGAAUUUCAGUCCGGUGGAUAGUUAA